UGUAUAGCUAUCUUUGUGAGGACAUACAUUGACACAAUGCAAUCUCUAGCUCCUGACCCUAACCUUCAGAACUAAGUGCCUCACCCAAACCCUUACCCUAAACCUACCCUUUACCCAAUUAUAACCUGACCCCUGAAACCAAGUCUUGACCCUCAAACAGGCCUUUAAAGGGGUCCCAGAAAGUGAGGGCCGACCAAAAUGUCGUCACUUUACAAGACUGUCUUCACUCCGAUGGUCUAAAACUCAAACCGGCCCUCACAAAGAUAGCUGUACAAGUGCACACACACGCGCACACACCCUCCACCACCCUCGCCCACCACAGCACCCGCCAGCAGUAACACACACACACACAUACACACACACACUCAUAUGCACACAAAUAAUCUGUUAGUAAGAUUAAAGGCAUAAUCAGAUUGAAUAUCCUUCAUGUGAACACCUGGAUGGAUCGAGCUCUUAUCGUAUCUGGAUGGGUGAUGUAGAUCUGAAAUAAUCUGAUAAAGAGGGACAAAAUGCUUGAACCCAACUAUAUAUCAGUUGAAUUCAGAAAAUACACUGUGCAGAUGCUCAGUGCUGUGGUGAUGCGUACACUUGCAUUGGUGUAUGUGUCAUGAACGUGCCGUUGUUUACUUUGUCUAUUGUCUUAAAAACUGGUCAGUCGAGUAGACUGAAUAUUUACCAAAUAUUUGCUAAAAAAUCCUCAUGGCAUAUAGAUCAGUCUUUUUUUUCUUCAGAUGUGUCAUCAAGGCAGAAACAACAAUCAUUAAUCGGUUAUUAAUGGCGGUAACUCUGGUGAUGUCACUGAUCUGAAUCUGAGCAUGGCGCACAUGUUAAAGGUGUCUCCGGUCCUCAGACCCUCCCCAGCCCCCCCGGCGUCUCAGCGUUUGCCCCGGGAGGGUUCUCCAGCCCUGUUCCUGCAGUGGCUAUGACCUCCAUGCAGUCUCCUGCUCCUCCUCUCUCUCUGAGCGGCCCGUACGGCGGCACCGCUGCCCCUCUGGGCCCCGUCCUCUCGGCCCCGCCCAUGGGCCCGCCCACCACCGGCUUCUCUGUGAGCGCAGGAUAUGACAUCACCCGCGGCCACGCGGGCCGCACCCCUCAGACGCCGCUGAUGCCCAGCUUCUCCAGCGCCUCACCCAUGCCAGGGAUGAUCACCAAUCCCAUGAUGCAGCAGCCGGUGUCGGGAGGGUUAGACGUCAGCUCGCCCAUCACGUUUCCUGAGGACACUGAAGACCCCAGAGUGGCUGCGGACGACAGCGCACCCGGUGGAUUAUGGGGCUUCAUCAAGGGUGUAGCCGGGAACCCCAUGGUCAAGACCGUCCUGGAUAAAACCAAACACUCUGUGGAGUCCAUGAUUACCACACUGGACCCUGGGAUGGCACCGUACAUCAAGUCCGGAGGAGACGUGGACGUGGUGGUGACGUCAGAUAAGGAGGUGAAGGUGGGCGCGGUGCGGGACGCGUUUCAGGAGGUGUUUGGUUUGGCCAUGGUGACAGGAGAGGCCGGCCAGUCCAACAUCGCCCCGCAGCCGCUGGGAUACGCCGCAGGGGUCAAGGGAGCUCAGGAGCGCAUCGACAGUCUGCGGCGUGCCGCUGUCAUUCACGAGAAGCAGCCCGUGGUCUCUGUGGAAAACUUCAUCGCAGAACUCUUCCCAGACAAGUGGUUUGACAUCGGCUGUCUGAUCUUGGAUGAUCCAGGGAACGGGAUUCACCUGGAGACCUUCACUCAGGCCACACCUGUGGCGCUGGAGCAUGUGCAGCAGGCGCAGGCGCUGACUCCUCCAGACUAUAACCUGCGCUGGUCCGGUCUGCUGGUGACGGUCGGGGAGGUUCUGGAGAGAAGCGUGCCCAACGUCAGCCGCACAGACUGGCACCAGGCCUUCACCGGCAUGUCCCGCCGGGAGAUGAUCUACUCCGCCGCCAAGGCUCUGGCUGGCAUGUACAAACAGCGCUUGCCCUCCAGGACAGUGUGAGCGUCUCAUGCCGUCACGUGACACGGACCACAGCUUCCCAGAAUCACAUGGGGAUCCACAUUCCAUCCGCAGAUGUCCUGUGUUUCUCAGUCACGUCCCAUUACAAGACUGAGCCCACUCUAAACGCCAAAACAAACAGAACCGGGUCUGAAAUAAACCAGUUACAGGGCAGAAUAACUAAUAUCUAACUUUUAAAUUAUUGAUUGAAUUGAAUAUCAUGUCCUUGAUAUAAUAUUUGAGUUUGAUUGAUAUUAAUAAUUGACAACGUCCCAGUCUUUACGAUGGAAUUUGAUGGGAAUGAAACCACGAAUGCAUCUGAUGUCCUUCCUUCAAAUGAUCAGAUCUCACCGAGGAAAAGGUGAUUCUCAAAUUCAUAACGCUUGUGUUUACAUUUACAAUCAAAUACUUUGACUUGCAGAUUUUUUAAUUGAAUUGAAGAAGUUCAUGAAUAUUGUGUUACGGUUUUGGAUCUUAUUUUAUAGCAUUUUCUUUUCAGCGUAAUCAGCAAACAUUGUUACAGCGUUGUGUUUGUCUGCAUGUCCGUUUCUCUUUCAACUCGGUCCAUGUUAGUCAGCGUUUACCGCGGUCAGAUGAAACCAGCUCUGCUGUUACUGUAGAUGUUGUUACGGUCUCGCAUCAGUACUGUCCGAGACGCUGCCGAUGAGUGUUAGCGAUGAAGUGCAGCCGGAUCAUUGGCUGCCGGAGCAUGACCUCUGAGAGACCGAUGAUGUGUGUUUGCUCUCCUGGACUGAACGAGUUGAUGACAAAUCUAGAACUGCCUUUAAAAGUGUCUUUAUAUGUUUGUAAGAUUUCUCCAGAACAACUGUGGAUGGUUUUAUUCCAUAGCAUUUUACAAACGUGCCUUUGACCAGCAAAUGAGUAAAAUCUUUUUGUAAAGCG